GUGACUUCUUCUGGUCAAAUCUGAGGGAGCUAGCAAGCAAAGGCUCGCCACGGAGCUCGCUCGACCGCCCGGUCUCCGCCCCGUCAAGGUUCCGCCCCGUCGAAUCGGAUCCGCGUCCGAGCUGAUCGACCGGGAUAAAACGCCUGUACGCGUUGUCACCGCCCGGAAGGGCAUGGCGUUGGCCGUCGCCGCGUCGUCGGUCGGCGUCGCCUCCGUCGCUCUGCUCUUGAUCCUCGUCGCCAAUACCUCGGCUUCGGAUGCUAGUUUGGAAGGGAGGCGCGCCAUGCCAGGUCGCGAGAUUCACCUUGAGCCAAUUGUCACUGCAGAAAAUGCACUGGUGCCGGUGGGCUCAUCGCCAUGGAGGAGAUCGGCGGAGGAGACACCACCGUCGCCGGCGAACAACUCGCUCGUGCUGGCGGCGAAGAGGACCCGCCGGAACGACCCCAGCGCGAACAACACAGUGUACGGCGGCGGGUGGAACAUCAGCGAGAUGCAUUACUGGGCUUCCGUGGGCUACACCGGCGUCCCGCUCUUCUUUCUCGCCCUCGUCUGGUUCGUCGGCUUCGGGGUCGUCAUGCUCGUCAUCUCCUGCUGCUGGUGCUGCUGCUGCUUCUGCCGGGACCGGAGCGACGACUACUCGCCCGCUUCCUUCAACGCCUCCCUCAUCCUCCUCGUCAUCCUCACCAUCGCCACCAUCGUGGGGUGUCUGCUGCUGAACAUCGGGCAGAUGGCGUUCCACACCAGCACGAUCGACACGGUGGACUACGUGGUGGGGCAGGGCAACCUGACGGUGGACAACCUGAGGAACUUCGCGGGGAGCCUGGCCGCCGCCAAGAACAUCGGGGUGGACCAGAUCUUCCUCCCCGUCGAGGUCCAGCGCAAGAUCGACGUCGUCGAGGAGAAGCUCAACUCCUCCGCCAACGAGUUCUCCGCCCGCAUCGUGCUCAACUCCGACAAGAUCAAGAACGUGGUGGACCUGAUGCAGGUAGCCCUGAUGGAUGUUGGAAGUAUCAUGCUUGUCCUUGCCAUACUCGGACUCAUAUUCUCCGUGUUGGGGCUGCAGUGUUUUGUCUCCCUGCUGGUGAUCGCCGGAUGGGUACUCGUCACCUUCACCCUCAUGAUGGCCGGCGGCUUCGUCCUCCUGCACAACGUGGUGGGGGACACGUGCGUCGCCAUGGACGAGUGGGUGACGCACCCACAGGACCACACGGCGCUGGACGACAUCCUCCCCUGCGUGGACGUGGGGACGGCGAACGAGUCCAUGCACCGGAGCGAGGAGGUGACGGCGCAGCUGGUGGCGCUCGUCAACAACGUCAUCGUCAACAUCUCCAACCGGGACUUCCCGCCGGGGCUGCAGCCGCUCUACUUCAACCAGUCGGGGCCCAAGAUGCCGGUGCUCUGCAACCCCUUCAAGACGGGCAUGAGCCCCCGCGAGUGCGCCUCCGGCGAGGUCGACUUCAAGACGGCGCCGGGGGAGUGGAAGCGGUUCCAGUGCCAGGCCAAGGGCCCCGCCGGGAAGGAGGUGUGCACGACGGUGGGGCGGGUCACGCCGGCGGCCUACAACCAGAUGACGGCGGCGGCGAGCAUCAGCAUGGGGCUGUACGAGUACGGGCCGUUCCUGAUGAACCUCCAGGACUGCACCUUCGUCCGGGAGACCUUCACCUCCAUCAGCGUCAACAACUGCCCCGGCCUCCGAUAUUUCAGCAAGACCGUCUACCACGGCCUCAUCCUCGUAUCCGCCUCCGUCAUGGUCUCCAUCGUCUGCUGGAUGGUGCACACCAGGCAGCGCAGCCUUCGCGGCAAGCAGGAGUGAUUGUGAUCCGACGACGGCCCCCGAUCGAGCGGAGGUGGCACCGAAUCCUCGUCGGAUCGAUAUUCUCCUAACCGUACGCCUGGCCGCUGCUACGUACGUGCACGACGACUCAUCGAUCUGAUUGCAGCUGUGUACAUAUAUGGAUCGUGUAUGAUGGAAAAUUGAAGUAUGGUUGCUUUCGCGAAUACCCAAAGCUUACGUAUCUUUUCAU